CCGUUUGCUGCCUCUUUCCUACCAGCCACUCUUGGGCACACACACCUUGCACCACUUUCUGAGGAAGAGCGGAGUGGCUCCACAGGGCCCCAAAGAUGACUCGGAUAUUAUCUGUGUUUAAGGCGGCCAGGGCAGGGGCUCUCACCGCCUCUGCCCGUCAUCAAUGGGGCUUUUCCAAAGCCGGUGUCCGGUUCAUGAGUGUCAAGGCGAACACUGCCAAUCUAGUGUUGCAAGAUGGGACGAAAAUCAAAGGAUACUCUUUUGGACAUCAAAAGUCAGUCGCUGGGGAGGUCAUCUUUAACACCGGAUUGGGCGGGUACGUGGAAGCUGUGACGGACCCGGGUUACCGCGGUCAGAUUCUCACCCUUGUCAACCCCAUCAUAGGAAACGGCGGGGCACCCGACACUAAGGCACUAGACCCAUACGGUCUCAUGAAAUACAUUGAGUCAGAGAAUAUUCAGGUGUCUGGCCUGCUGGUCUUGGAUUACAGUCAUGAGUACAGUCACUGGGGGGCAGUGAAGUCUCUGUCGGAGUGGUUGCACGAAGAGAAGAUUCCGGCACUUUGUGGAAUUGACACUAGAAUGUUGGCAAAAAAGAUCCGGGACAAGGGCACUCUACUGGGCAAAAUUGAAUUUGAGGGACAGCCUGUGGAGUUUGUGGAUCCAAACAAGAGGAACCUGAUUGCAGAAGUAUCAACCAAGGAUAUCAAAGUAUAUGGGAAAGGGAACCCUGUGCGCAUUGUGGCCGUGGACUGUGGAGUGAAACACAACAUCAUCCGUCAGCUGGUAAAGCGAGGAGCAGAGGUGAAUCUUGUCCCCUGGAAUCAUGACUUCUCCAAAAUGGAAUAUGAUGGUCUCUUAAUUACUAGUGGUCCCGGGAACCCAGAAUUGGCCCAGCCGCUAAUACAAAACCUGAAGAAGGUCUUCAACAGCGACCGCAGUGAGCCCGUGUUUGGUAUCGCCAAGGGCAAUGAAAUUGCAGCAUUAGCAGCUGGCGCCAAGACAUACAGGUUGCCCAUGGCGAACAGAGGGCAGAACCAGCCUGUUAUGAACGCCAUGAAUGGACAGGCCUUCAUCACCGCUCAGAACCAUGCCUAUGCCGUAGACAGCAAAUCCCUGCCUGCAGGAUGGAAGCCCCUUUUUGUCAACAUUAAUGACCAGAGCAAUGAGGGCAUCAUGCAUGAGACCAAGCCAAUCUUCACUGCCCAGUUCCACCCAGAGGCCAACCCUGGUCCUACUGACACAGAGUUCCUGUUUGAUGUCUUCAUGUCAAUGAUAAAGAAGGGUAAAGGCACCACCCUGGCAUCCGUAAUGCCCAAACCAGCUCUGCAGUCUAAAAGAAUUGAUGUGUCUAAAGUCCUGAUCCUGGGCUCCGGUGGUCUGUCCAUUGGACAAGCGGGAGAGUUUGACUAUUCGGGAUCUCAGGCAGUGAAAGCUAUGAAAGAAGAGAAUGUGAAAACAGUUCUCAUGAACCCCAACAUCGCCUCCGUGCAGACCAACGAGGUGGGCAUCAAGCAGGCCGACACCGUGUACUUCCUCCCGAUCACUCCACAGUUUGUCACCGAGGUCAUAAAGUCAGAGCGGCCGGAUGGAAUCAUACUGGGAAUGGGCGGGCAGACUGCCCUGAACUGCGGAGUGGAGCUGUUCAAACGCGGGGUGCUGAAGGAAUAUGGCGUCCGAGUUCUGGGAACCUCAGUGGAAUCCAUCAUGUUCACAGAAGACAGGCAGCUUUUCUCUGACAAGCUAAAUGAGAUUAAUGAGCCCAUCGCGCCUAGCUACGCUGUGGAGUCGAUGAAAGAUGCCCUGGAAGCAGCUGACAAGAUCGGCUAUCCGGUUAUGAUUCGAUCUGCGUACGCCCUGGGUGGCCUGGGGUCAGGUCUCUGUCCUGAUAAGCAAACACUCACAGACCUAGGAACAAAGGCUUUGGCAAUGACCAACCAGAUUCUGGUGGAGCGAUCGGUUGUAGGUUGGAAGGAGAUUGAGUAUGAGGUGGUUAGAGAUGCGGCAGAUAACUGCGUCACUGUGUGCAACAUGGAAAACGUGGAUGCUAUGGGGGUCCACACAGGGGACUCGAUUGUUGUCGCUCCUUGUCAGACGCUGUCCAAUGAAGAAUGCCAGAUGUUGAGGGCUGUUUCAAUUAAGGUUGUGCGACACUUGGGUAUUGUUGGCGAAUGCAACAUACAGUUUGCUCUGCAUCCAACCUCUCUGGAGUAUGUCAUCAUUGAAGUCAAUGCCAGACUCUCCCGUAGCUCUGCUCUAGCUUCCAAGGCCACUGGGUACCCACUAGCCUUCAUUGCUGCCAAAAUCGCCUUGGGUAUUCCCCUGCCGGAGAUCAAGAACGUUGUGUCAGGAAAGACCACAGCCUGCUUCGAGCCCAGUCUGGACUACAUGGUGACCAAGAUACCUCGGUGGGAUUUAGAUCGUUUCCAUGGUGCCUCAGGAUUGAUUGGCAGCUCCAUGAAGAGUGUAGGAGAGGUCAUGGCCAUUGGUCGGACGUUUCAAGAAACUUUCCAGAAGGCCCUAAGAAUGUGCCACCCAUCAGUAGAUGGCUUCACCUCAAACCUUCCUAUGAACAAAGCAUGGGCAUCAGACGUCAAUCUAAGGAAAGAGAUGGCUGAGCCCACCAGCACCCGUGUCUAUAGCAUGGCCAAGGCUCUGGAAACAGGAAUUUCCAUUGAUGAAAUCCACAAACUCACAGCCAUUGAUAAGUGGUUUCUAUACAAGAUGCAAGACAUCCUUAACAUGGAGAAGACCCUGAGAGGAAGCAAGAGUGAAUCUAUACCAGACGAGACACUACAGAGAGCCAAGGAGAUUGGGUUUUCUGACCGGUAUAUUGGGAAGUGCAUGGGAAUGACAGAAGCUCAAACCAGAGAGUUCAGACUUAACAAGAAUAUCAAGCCUUGGGUGAAGCAGAUUGAUACCUUGGCUGCUGAGUACCCAGCGGUAACCAACUACCUCUACCUCACCUACAACGGACAGGAGCACGAUAUAAAGUUUGAUGACCAUGGGAUGAUGGUUCUAGGCUGUGGCCCAUACCAUAUAGGCAGCAGUGUUGAGUUUGAUUGGUGCGCAGUUUCCAGCAUCCGCACAUUGCGCCAACUCGGCAAGAAGACUGUCGUACUGAACUGCAACCCAGAGACAGUCAGCACAGACUUUGAUGAAUGUGACAAACUUUACUUCGAGGAACUGACACAGGAAAGAAUUUUAGAUGUGUUCCAACAGGAGCAAUGCGACGGCUGCAUCAUCUCAGUGGGAGGACAGAUCCCCAAUAACAUGGCCGUGCCCCUCCACAAGAAUGGAGUGAAGAUUAUGGGCACCAGCCCAAUGCAGAUUGACCGGGCUGAGGACCGCUCCAUAUUCUCUGCUAUCCUGGAUGAGCUUAAGAUUGCCCAAGCUCCAUGGAAAGCAGUGAACUCUCUGGAGGACGCUCUGCAGUUUACAAAGACGGUGGGAUAUCCCUGCCUUCUGCGCCCAUCCUAUGUGCUCAGCGGGUCAGCCAUGAACGUAGUGUAUGGAGAAGAAGAGCUAAAAAAUUUCCUGGCUGAGGCCACAAGAGUCUCGCAGGAGCACCCGGUGGUGAUCACCAAGUUCAUACAAGGAGCCCGAGAAGUGGAGAUGGAUGCCGUCGCCAAAGAAGGGCGUGUAAUUUCUCACGCCAUCUCUGAGCAUGUGGAGGAUGCUGGGGUGCACUCAGGAGAUGCCACUCUCAUGAUCCCCACACAGACAAUCAGCCAAGGGGCACUCGAGAAGGUGAAAAUUGCCACCAAGAAAAUUGCAAAUGCUUUCGAAAUAUCUGGACCCUUCAAUGUGCAGUUCCUCGUCAGAGGAAAUGAUGUCCUGGUGAUCGAGUGCAACCUGAGGGCCUCCCGCUCCUUCCCAUUUGUGUCUAAGACCUUAGGAGUUGACUUCAUCGAUGUGGCCACAAAAGUCAUGAUUGGAGAAAAAAUUGAUGAGGGUCCACUUCCAACGUUAGAGAGCCCCAUCAUCCCUGCAGACUAUGUUGGGAUCAAGGCCCCCAUGUUCUCCUGGCCUCGUCUGAGAGGAGCUGACCCAGUCCUGCGAUGUGAGAUGGCAUCCACUGGUGAGGUGGCUUGCUUUGGACAAAACAUCUAUUCUGCCUUCCUGAAGGCCAUGAUCUCCACCGGCUUCAAACUGCCUCAGAAGGGAAUUCUCAUUGGAAUCCAGCAUUCAUUCCGGCCCCAAUUCCUUGGCACAGCCCAGCAGCUUAAAGAUGAGGGAUUCAAGCUCUAUGCUACAGAAGCCACUGCUGACUGGCUCAAUGCAAAUGACAUCCCAGCCACACCUGUACCCUGGCCAUCACAGGAGGCACAGUCCAGCUCUCCCUCCAUCUACAAGUUGAUUAAAGAAGGCAACAUCGAUAUGGUGAUCAACCUGCCAAACAACAACACAAAAUACGUGCGUGAUAAUUUUGUCAUCCGGAGGACUGCAGUGGACAGCGGUGUUGCCCUACUCACCAACUUCCAGGUGGUCAAAUUGUUUGCUGAAGCAAUUAAAUACUCUGGAGACCUGGACGCCAAGAGCCUUUUCCACUACAGGCAGUUCGGGGCCGCCAAAUCCACAUAGAGGACCUGAGUCCCGUAGCAGCUGUCCCUGGGAAAGGGACCAGUGACCACAAAACGUCUUUUGCUGGUCUUCUGUUUACUUCCAGUUGUGUUAAAAACACAAACGUCACUGUCAUUAUGUCUUUGCAUUUUUACACUUGUGGAACCCAGAACUGUAUUGGUUUAAAUAGAGCUUUACAUAUACACCAUGAAUUACAGUUUAGAGUCAUAUAAAUAUAUAGCCUUCCCUGAAAUGGGAAGCUUUUCUAGAGAACCACACAAAAGCCACACAGCCGGUAAGCAAUGUACAUAGUAGAGCAAGAUAAUACAGUACAAUGUGCACAAAUGUAAUUAAGUCAAUGUUUGGGUGUACAAAAAAAAGUACAUUUUACCUCACACAUACAUUAAACACAUCGUUGCCUACCCUCCCUCAUUCUGCAGGAGACUUCCUGAAAUAGUAGCAAUCUCCCUGACUCCCUGAAUAGACCAGCAAUCUCCCUGAUUGCACCUUAUCCCCAUUAUGUAGCUGUUACAUUCUUGGGGGGGGGGGGGAAGAAUCAGAGAUACAUACAUUCAAAUGAGCUCAUCAGCACCAUUUCCCUGUAUUGGUUAUAAGGCACAGUGGUAAUCAUUGUACAGGUCAGCACUCAUCCAACAGACGUCUCAAUGUAUAGCAUCCCUGAAACACAUGACAUCACAAUUACUGUGUAUGAGUGACAUACAUCUUUCUGUGUAUUAGGAGAGCUGCGGCCCCACAUAAUAUCCGAUCUCCUCUCCUGGGUCCAGUCUUCUCUAUCCUUACCCCACUUCUUCCCCAGUACACCAGCGCCAGGACACUAGCCAUAAGUCUUCACUGUCAAAUGACAAAACAAAUUAUAUUAUAACUGUGCAAAUAAUAAUAUGAAAGGUAAAACAUGAGCAUUACCGCUACUUUGACAUGUGUACUAAGCACCAUACGUCAACAGUGGGAAACCAAUACAUGCUGACCCCACACAUUCUUUCUUGCUCGUUGUGAUGUGCCAUUCUAUGACACACAAUACUUACUGUGCAUAAUGCUUCACAGGUACGAGGAUUGUAAAGAAGGAAACUUAAAUCGAUUUUUAAACUUUAUGGACAUUCAUGAUAAAAUAAAAUUACAGAAUCUUUUUCAACAA